GGGCACUCAUCCAGUUGGACUAGAAUGGCAUCCGCAACCGUGUGGCUGAUUCUCAUCUUGGGACUUCGAUGGAGCGGCGCUCUGGACAGUCACACCCCAAAUAAUGACAGCAAACUUUUGGCGGCUCUCAACUCAAGUGCUCCGGCUCAGGAGGUGUUGUUCCACAUCGACAUAUGGAGAAACGAAGCACCUGUGUACAGUCACUUUGAUGUCUGGACAAACGAGGCGGCUGUUGGGGCUCUGGCACCAGCUGGGUCAUCCGCUCUGGAGUCGCUUAUUCGUGCUGAAGUGGGUGGAGACUGGGAGAGAGGCAAACUAGUGCUCCAGUUGGCCAAUGAGGCAAAAACACUGGAACUGAAGGAGGCCAUUUACACGGCUCUCUGGAAGGAGCUGCAACAGACGAAGCAAAUCUACGAUCCCAUGAAGAUUCUCCAAUUCCAUGAGCAGUUGCGUCUCCACACAGAUGUGCCCCAGCAUCUUAUGGAGCUUAUCUAUCAGGCUUUUGUUCACCGCAGUGCCCAAUUUUUGGAGGCACCCUUUCACACCAAUAGUCCUGCAGCCACCUUCCCGUUAGUCAACUCCCUGAUGGAGCGCCUGACCUUCAGCACAUUGGAUUACCUCAGGGACAUCCUGGAAGUCCUCUACAAUGCAGUUCUCGCUCUGGAAACCCCGUUGAGUGUGGUGGAACGACUGGCCAAUUUUACGACCAAUUUAACACAAAUGGCUCAGGCUAAUCUUCAACUGCUUGCCCGGGAAGAGCUAAGGCGCGAAGAUCCAAAGGUUCAGUUAGCCUUGCAAAGUAAUCUUAGGGAUUUACUGGAACAACCAGGAUUCGAGCAGGAAGUGGCGGUCUCUCUUAGGACGAAGAUAUAUGCCCAUCUUCCCAAAGACGAGCAACUCCUGUACACUGCUCGCAAAGUGUGCAUCCGGAACGUUACGGACAACACCUAUAUCUACGAGUGUCCCCAAACAUAUUUAAUCUGCAGCAACGCUAGAGAUCUGAAGAAGGCCGCCUAUUUUAUCCAACGAGAAAAUAGCCUUGACAGUCGCCCCAAGUUCGCCUUCUACAGUGCCUACUGGAGAAAUCGCUACAUCCUCAUGGAACCCUCUGCUCAGACAGGACCCAAUGCCAAUCACUCCAUUACCAAGAAUGUCUAUAGCCGGAACAAUAUCAAUUGGUGGCGAGUAGUUUACGAAGUCGACGGAAUUUCAUUGUAUGAUGCUGUCUCUGAAGGAUCAGUGCUGUGCGGCGGAGAUCCAGCACACUGGGAUAGUGAGGAGCACCACGUAUACACCCGGCGGGCAUCGGAGUUCGCUGCCCAUCGCGGCGAGUGCACCUGGAGCCUGGAAGACUGCAGCGACGCCGCCUAGCUGGCAGACAACCGAUUCCCUAAUCUUGAUAACCAAUUAUUAUACCUAUUUUUAUUUUGACUAAUAAGGCACAUGAGAAAAGUA